AUGGUGAAACCUAGCAAGGCGAAACAACAGACGCUGGAGGCUACUCUUGGCCGGCCGCGGGUAAGACCCGCUACCAAGACGCCCAUGGCAAAGGGAAACGGAAAGCGCAAGGUACCAGGCGACGACGCAUCUUCUAGUCCACCGAUUAGGAAUCUGCGGGGCGCCAAAAGCUCGCCCAUCGCCCCUCCCUCUUCUUUCCUGGCGUCUUCUCAGAUCAACGGAAGCGCAAAAAAGAGAAGGCUUGUGCGUGAGGAUUCUUCGUCGUCGUCAGAUUCUGAUCGGGACGAGGACGCGGUGAAGCUUCCUGUGCGGGGUGAAAAGUCCGGCACAAGUCGCCUUGCUUCACGUCCCUCGUUGAACAAGCGCUCUGCUCCCAGAAUCAGCCGGGGUGGCGGCGACGUGGAUGACGAUGACGAUGACGAUGACGACCCUCUUGUCACUCCCAAAUCUGCGAAGCAGUCUAGCCGCAAGAGAGUUAUCGCUUUAGACGACGAAGACGAGGACGAUGUGCCUCUGCGAUCAUCGCCUAUUAAGCGGCGCAGGCUCGUUCGCAAGAACGAUGCAUCGAGCCCUGCGAAAGACAGGGAUUCGCUUUUCGACGGGUCCGAAAGUGAUGAUAAGCCUGCUCAGACGCCAUCAUCGUCGAGAGUCCGACGGAAGACCGGACGGAAGCUGCGUUCGGCCAAAGAGCGAGCUCGAGAGCUGCUCCGCCGCAAGCGCGCUGGGGAAUCUAUUGACGAGCUUGAGGAGACUUCGUCGUCUGAAGGGAAGCCAAUUUACGAUACGGACUCCGAUCACCCGGCGUUGAGCGACUUCGAGGACGACGAAGAGGGUGUGGAGGUCACAAAACGAAAGGGGAAGAAGAGCGAGCAGCCUGUUGACGACGAGUCGAGCAUUAGCACUGACGACUUCGUCGUCAACGACAGCGACGAGCCGCUUGGCGUACCCGACGACGUUUACUUGGACAUGCCCCUUCACUUCACAGCGCAUUCGCACAAACCGCUCAGGGAACAUUUUCGCGAUGUUGUUGAGUGGCUGGUUCAGUUGAAGAUUAACCCUGGAUUUUCGGAGAAGGGCCAUGAGCUAUACCGGAUGGGGUGGCGCAAACUGGACGAUGAGGUGCGCGGUCUCGCGCAGUCCAAGUUCGAAUCUGCCGCCUGGAAAUUAGACUUCACCAAGGCUCUGCGCGCCCGUCCUUACUUCACCAGUCAAGAGCUGGGGAAGAACGACGUCGGCGAUCUUCGAACCUGCGGUGCCUGCGGAAGAAGCAACCACCCUGCCAAAUGGGUUAUCCAAUUUUCGGGCACGCCCUACUUUAAGGACCCUAGCAAGGACACCUUUCUCGAUCCGGUCGAAGCUAACAGCGACUCCGAUUCGAGCCUCGAUUACGACGAGGAUGAGGACGGUAACGAGAUCCCAAGGCAGAACAGACAGUGGUUCGUCGGCGUCGUCUGCUGCGCCAAUGCCGAAACCGCACAUACCCUUAUCCACUGGAAGCAUGCCCUCCUCGACUGGGUGGAUUCCCGCCUCCAUGACGACGGGUACAUGACCCCGGAAAAGCUGGUCGAGCGGGAACGCAUGAGGCCCAAGCAAAAGUACAAGCUAGUCGAUGAGAUUCUGAAGCAGUGGGUCGACGCCGGCGUGGUCAGGGCCUUGUAUCAAGAGUUCAAGGCGUCCAUUGAGAAAGCCAGGAUUAAGUCGACCGCCGGGCGUUACAACCGGUAA